AUGGAGCUUUUAGGUUCUACUUUAACGGCAACUUAUGCCCACCCUAGACCAACACCAACCAACUUCCUACCAGCCAUCAGUGCCGUGGCAUCAACCUAUAGGGACCGCUUCCCCCACCACAACUUGACCCAUAGCUUGAGCCUCCCGUGGAAACCGAGCACGUACUACAAAGUGGCCUCCAACUCACCAACCUUGGCUCCAUACUGCACCAGAUCUCAGAGGGUGUCCGAGAGCACCAUGCUUCCCUUUGUUUCCAAUAGAACCACUCUCUUCACCAGGUAUACUCCUGAUGAUUGGUACAGGUCGAAUUUAACCAACUAUCAAGAGUCCAACACCUCCCGCCAUAAUUCAGAGAGACUAAGGGUAGAUACAACUCGCCUGAUUCAAGACAAAUAUCAACAAACAAGGAAAACCCAGGCAGAUUCCACCCAAAAUUUGGGAGAACGAGUGAAUGACAUAGGAUUUUGGAAAUCCGAAAUCCUUCAUGAGUUGGAUGAAAUGAUUGGUGAGACCAAUGCACUCACAGAUAUUAGGAAAAGAUUGGAGAGGGCUUUGAUGGAAACUGAAGCUCCUCUUCAGGUAGCCCGAGAAUGUCUAUUUCAUCGAGAGAAGAGAAUGGGAAUAGAUCUAGUUCAUGAUGAAGUGGAAACACAACUGCUCACAGAAGUUGAUACUAUCCUGUGUUGUCAAGAAAGAAUGAAGCUACAUUUGGAUAAGGCUAUUGCCCAACUCGCAUCUGACAGAGCUUCCCAGCAUGAGCUGGAGAAGGACCUGAGUGACAAGCAGGCGGCCUACCGGAUCGAUGAUAAGUGCCACCACCUGCGCAACACCUCAGAUGGCGUCAGCUACUUCAGAGGGGUGGAGAAGGUCGAUGCAACGGUCUCCGUGCCUGAGUCCUGGGCCAAGUUCACUGAUGACAAUAUUCUUCGCUCUCAGAGUGAACGCGCAGCCUCAGCUAAGCUAAGAGACGACAUUGAAAACCUCUUGGUUGUGACAGCCAAUGAAAUGUGGAAUCAGUUCAACAAAGUCAACCUAUCUUUCACCAACCGCGUUGCUGAGACGGCAGAUGCUAAAAAUAAGAUUCAGAUUCACUUAGGCAAGACCCUGCAGGAGAUCUUCCAGACUGAGAUGACCAUAGAAUCCAUUAGGAAGGCCAUCAGGGACAAGUCUGCCUUCCUGAAGGUAGCUCAAACCAGGCUGGAUGAGCGCACUCGGAGACCCAACAUUGAGCUCUGCCGAGAUAUGGCUCAGUUACGACUUGUCAACGAGGUGUAUGAGGUGGAUGACACCAUCCAGACCCUGCAGCAGCGCCUGAAGGACGCGGAAGACACCCUGCAGUCACUGGUGCACACCAAGGCCACGCUGGAGCACGACCUGGCCGUCAAAGCCAAUUCCCUUUACAUAGACCAGGAGAAGUGUAUGGGCAUGCGCAAAAGCUUCCCCAACACGCUGCGCCUGGUGGGCUUCUGCUAG